CUCACCAGACGCGCGCUCUCCCCUCCCACCGCCGGAAGAAGUCAGGCAGCUCAAUGCAGCGCGUCGGACGCCGUGACGUCAACUCCUCCUGCUCCGCCGCUCCGGAAACUGCUGAGAAAACCCGGAAGAAGCAAGGAAGAUCCGAACAGCGCCGAGCCGCGGGACAUCUUCACCUACUAUCCGGGACGGCUGGACAUGCAAGUAAAAUCGGGACUGUCCCGCCAGAUCCGGGACACUUGGGAGGCUGAGCUUGGCAAGACCCGGAGAACCAGUUACCCUAUGCCAGGGCCGGAUUUCACUUAUGGAGUAAACUCCUAUAUUAAAGAUGGAGGCGUGGCCUUAGCUCUGGGCCAGUGGAACUCAAGAGAGGCUAAAAGUCUCCCAAGGAAACUAGAACGAGAUUAUAUUGCCCUUAACCGCGAGGCCGUAAGAUCUGGCCUAGUCACCGCUCACGAGCAUCAGGUGUACCGCAAACACCACCAGAUGUGGCGCCCCCUUCCUGAAGAAUGCACCAAACCUCAGGGUCUCAACUUGCCCACCAACAUGACCUUUGGGAUAAGCACAAGGCCAUCCACUCCUAUUGGGGAUCUCCUGGAACACCGGUACCAGCGCCAGUGGGUGGAACAGCAGAGACUCGCUCAGGAGGCCAUAUGUCUCAAGUCCAAGGAGAAGAUCAAGAAAAGCAAAGUGCAGAGCACACGGACGACGCUGCUGCGCAAAUAUCAGCCUCCUGAAGACCCGGCUCCUCUUUGGCACCUGCCUCGCUUCCAGAAGAUUGGCCCUCACCUCGACACUUUUCAGACCCCGGAGAUGCGCCAGAAAGCCUUCAGUGCCCAUAAUUCUGAUGCCGUAGCUCGUAGAGGUCUCCACGGAUUGGGCAUUUACAACAUCGGCUGAGAGAGCGCCACCACUGGAAGACAAAAAAACAAAAAAAACGUUGUUAAAAUCAAUUGUGCUUAUGCAGAUAGUCUUUACAUAAUAAGAAAACACAACGCAAAUAAAUUAUUCAAGGCAAAAAAA